AUGGCGAUGUCAUCGGACGGUGGGUUGACUUGGUCCGCCGCUAAGAAUUUACUAACAUCGUCGUAUUCCUCACUUGACAAAAAAGAUUUGCAAGAAAUAUCUAAACUAAUUAUAGAAAGGGAGAAAGAAAUUCUUAACCAUGCAGAGGAAAGUGAAGCCUUUUUCUCACUCUUUGUUGCUCUUGCUAGCAAUGCUUUAUGUUCAUUGUCUGGAUCAUUAUCCAAGUCUAAUCUUCCCCAAGUUGCUUCUGCCUGUAAAGUAUUGCUGUCUUUUCUUCUCAACCGAUUGGAGACACCCAAUAAAGCUUGUGCAGUUACACCAAAGUAUCUAGUGAUUCUAAUAAAUGGCCUAUGUCGUGGAGGUCAGUGCUUGUCCAGAUCAGAUGUGGUGACCUUUAACUGUUUGUUCAAGCCAGCAGAACCUCCAUUUUCAAAGGAAGAAAAGAAUUAUGAUGCCCCUGACAAAGAGAAAUCAAAAGACAAAAAGCUACCAAGAUUAGACACACAAACAGACUUGUUUGAUCAAAUGACCUCAGUAUUUUCCGACAUGAUACCAACAUCAUCAGCUUCAAAAUCUGAUAUGACAACUGAUUUGACAGACAAAGAACCAAAGACUCCAGUUUCAUUAAUAUCCCAAGUUUCAGAGGGUACAGAAGAUUUAAGCAAUGCUUUUGCUCAGAAAAAUACGGAGUCUCUACUGAAUAUGAAUGGGGCUGAUAUUCUGCUGGGUGUCUGCACACAGCUGACAUUUCUCAGCAAGUACAUGCAACGUUACAAGGAUGCACUUGCAGGUUCUGCUUUCCUUCUUCCUGGAACACUUUCCCAAGCUUUGACUACAAGAAAUGGGUACCAGUUUUUACUGACAGAAGUUUCAGAUGUAUGGAGGGCAUUUUCAUUGCCAAUAUUAGAACCUUUGACACCUAAAAGACUGAAGACCAUUGUAGAAAUUACACUUGGAUGCUUAUUUGCUGCAGUUUCUGUUGCGACUGCUGACACAGUGGUGAAUGCUGUACGGCCAUCUGGUCCUUCACAAGCACCAGGCGCUAAAGAUGAGGAGAUGGACAAUCAAGGACAUAGUAUAGUUCAAAAAAGUCUUGAAAUCUUUAAUUGGGUUUCUUCAGCAGUAAAAACAUCAACCAGAGCUGGUGGAAGUGUGGCUCAGAAUCUAAAUCUUCUUGCUGCUUGGGAAACAUUAAAAGGUUUACAAGGUAUCUUGUUGCUCACACCAGCUGCCAUUUUGGAAAGGAAAGACUUCAAGCCCAAAACACCAGCAGAGGCAACACCCAAGAAGGAACCAGCAAAUUUGCCAGCAAGACCAACAUCUGCUAAAAGUGGUCCUCCAUUCCUGAGUGUUACAGCUGUUGCCCUAGCAACGAAUGCUAUCCAACUUUUGACACCACUUUUAGAAGACUUGAACAUGGAAGGAUCAGAUGAAAAUAUUUCAAGUUCCCCUCCCGGUGAUGAAACAGGACUUGAGAUAAAUUUGUUAGAAAAUCUAACUGCCUGGGCAAGAGUAAAACAUUUGCUAAGAACUAUUUGCCUUCCUGACCUGAUGAUACAGCUCAUGUCAACAGCUUUCAAAAAGGCAGUUUAUUUGAAGCGCAUGAAGCAAGGUUCUGAUUCUCAAGAGACCAUCAGUAGCAGCAGCACAUCAGAUUCCAAUACAUUCUAUGAGGAUGACUUCAGUACAUCAGAGGAGAGCAGUGAAGAUGAUGACUCAGAGCCUAUACUUGGUCAAUGGCUAGAGGAGGCUCUGUCACCCUGUGACUCAACCAACACAGCACCACCACCACCUCUUCCCCCUCGUGUAGAUGCUUUAGGGGGUGAGGGGAAAAGACAAAGAGAGACAAGUGUUGGAGAAAGAAGUCCAAGCUUUGUCCCAGAUAAACGGGAGCCUGAAGGGUUCACCAACUUGGUCAGCACCAUAAUGAAUUUUUUGAACACACAUCUCCUGACUUCACGCAAUGAAAACAUCAGAUUUAUAACCAGGUCCUCAAUCACACAGGAGCAAGUUUCACUGAUUGCUCAACUAACUAAAGACUUGGACAAAGAAUGUGCUAGAGUGGACAAUGACAAAGGUUACACAUCUGUCUCUGUGAUGUUGGCAAGAUUUAACCAUAACUUGAUUGCUACUGAAGUUUUGUCAGAAAGUUUACAGGAUUGCUACUUGACAUGUCUGGGUGUAAGUCCUACAAGUCCUGACCCAUGGCCACUCACUGUCCACCCAAGAUGUCUGUCUGUACUGGUCAGUGUGCUGUUGUUAAGACAACAACAGGAGAGAGGGGACAAAGAGCUUAAAGCAGGAUCUGCUGACAAUGCAGUUAUAGCUAUAUGGGACAAGUUUCUCAAACACCUUCAGACAGCUGUUGAAAACUCUGAAAAUAAAACUGAAAUUAUGGAAGAUGUUAAUGUGGAACAUGUGCAGGUGCUAAUGUUUCUGUUUCAUGGUCUACGUCUUGCACAAAAGAAAGGAAUCCUUAUCAAAAUCUGUCAGAUAAUUCUGGAUGUUUCUCAGACUGAACGCAAUCGGAUGGAAAGAACUGUCCCUCUGGCCCUCAGUAGACUGGUACUGAUACUUGAAUAUCUACUGCAUUUCUUUUAUGAUCCACCAGCUCUACUCAUGGAACAGGUCCAACACAAUCUGUUUACCUUGUACGCUCAAUCUGGAGAUAAAGAGACCUCCACUAAAUCCAUCAAAUAUUUCCCAUGUCGAGAAGUAGAGGAGAACUUCAGAAGGAGUCUACAACCACCUGAGGCUUCUGAAGUAGGUUCCAUGAAGCCAAGGUUCUACCACUUAUGUCCACCUGACCCCAACAUUCAAGAUGUUGCUAAAAUUGAUGGGCUCGCCCUGGGUGUUCUGCUGGGCCGUGAAUACAAGCUCAACUAUAACCAGUUCUACUCCUCUUGUAUCAGACUUCUGAUGGCAGGGUCACAGUGUGAUAAAACUAAAGAAAAAUUGUCUUUACUGGAUGCAUCAGCAAUGCACUACCAUUUUCUUUUACUGUGGCGUUUGCUGUCUUGCCUACCCCCAUCAGUUGAUUACAUUCAUCUUCUGAAGAACACAAAUGUGUCUAUGGAAGGUGCCUACAUACUACAUACAUUGCGGUGGGCACCUCGCAUUGGGCACAAGUAUUAUGGAGUGUGGACUCAAGAAUGUUUAGUGAAACAAGGGCUCAACCCUACAGAAGCAACUGAGAUUGUGGAGACAGCUGCAGCCCUCACAAAUACCAGCAGAUUUGAUGUGAUGCUUGCCAUGUCCUACAUAAGGGAACAGAUUUCAAAACUGCCAUGUAUUUCAACAAAUGAACUAAGCUCAAAAGAUCUGCCAGGAAUGUCAGAUAUCCUUAUUCUCGAUGCCAUGGUGGCCAAAUGUCAGGUGUCAUUAGAUGAAACUUACACUAAAGCAAUGACUGAUCCAGAACCCAACAAAGCAAUGCAGUUCACUAAAGACUUGAUUCCUGCCAUUUUUACUCUCAUAGAAGCAUUUAGUGCAUUUGCCAGAUCCUGCAUCUUGACCAAAGUGGCAACACCAGAGGAUAAAACUUUAACCAGCCAGCGUCUGAAGGCAUUUGGUCAGGUGCUGAGUGUUGGCUCAAGCCAUCCCAGUGCUGUCAAAGGCCUAGGGUCUAGUGUUGUUGGCCUCUUGCCCAGCUCUGUGAGGAAUGCUGUGGACAAAUGGAACAGUAGUGGGGGCAAUGAGUUUCCUACCAUGGGAGCAUGGAGAAACGCGUUUGCAGCAGAUCCCAUCCCUAGUGAGAGCUACAUUGAUGCCAUCCAUAGUGCUCAUAUGGUCACACUAUCUGGUCAAUCACCAUUUUGUAUAAAUGCAUCUCUGAGACAUGUUCUUCAUUCACUGGUCCGUUUUGGAAGUGAUCUAAUUGUAUGGUGUCCUGAUGAUGCCAAUAGCUCUGAGCUGAUAAGGGUCAUGUUUCCUCUCAUCUAUGAUGUGACCACCGAGUACCUUAAGGACAUGGUAAUGAAUCUGAAAGAAAAGUUCUUGGGUCCACAAGAAGAAGCCAGAUUUGAAGAGAAAGCUUACAAGCAUGCUAUACAAGCUUGUGACCAAGUGAUUGUGGAAUUCUCUGAUGCUGAAAGUGGUUUGGAUGAAAAGAUUCUCUAUGAAUGUAUCAAGUUUAUUGAGACUAAUUUGGAGAAACCAGCUGCCAGGAAAGCCUUCACUGCAGUCUACACUGACAAUGCAGAUAUUACAUCACUUUUGCUGUCAGUUGCAAGAAGCAAUUUGAGUGAUACAUACACUACUCACAUCCUGAGAUUUUUCAUCAAACUUUUCCAUCUUGCUGAAAGAGAGCCAAAUGAUGAAAACCUGCGUGCCCUUUGUCAAGGUCUGACUAGGCUUGCCACAGUUGACAAAGUAGAUUUACAGAAUUUCCUGACUAAAAUCAUCAAAGGUCUAGAGGAAACCUCUGAUGAAACUGUGGUCAGAGAAAACAACAAUUUAUUGCAGACUUUGUUUCAGCAUAUUGUCAGAGAAAGAAGUCCUAUUGGUGAAGAUGGUGUGAUCACCAUUCUACAAGCUAUUCUUCCCAUGGGAGGACCACUCUUGGAGUCGAGUCAGCGCUCUGAUUUACUGGCCUUCCCAGAUUUGAUGGUCAUUUUACAAACCCUGGCUGGAGCAGGAAGUGGUUAUGGCCAUGUUCUCUUGUUUCAGACUGCCCAGCAAUGGCUGGAGCUCUGCAAAUCAAGUUUGACCACUAAAGAAACAUUAGAAACAGCAAUCACAAAUGAAAAUGAAAAGCAAGGACUGCUGGAAACUUUGUGUUGUUUGUUGUCCUAUAUUGGAGAAAUCCUGGGAGCUCUAAAAAUAACAACAGACAGGGCAAGGUCAUAUUCUCCACUUUUUGAGCAAGAAAUUUUGCCUCCACAAGAGUCUGAAGGAGAUUGGGCUGAAGAUCUUGGUCAUGAUGAUGAGGAUUCUGCUGGAGAAGAUUCGGAUGAAGAGACUUUAAACAACAAGCUUUGUACAUUUACUAUUACACAGAAAGAGUUCAUGAACCAACACUGGUAUCAUUGCCAUACAUGCAAGAUGGUGGAUGGAGUUGGUGUGUGUACCAUGUGUGCAAAGGUGUGUCACAAAGAUCAUGACUUGACCUAUGCCAAGUUUGGUUCUUUUUUUUGUGAUUGUGGUGCAAAGGAAGAUGGAAGCUGUAAGGCCCUUAUCAAGAGAACUGCACUGGGAGGCUUGGAUAGUGUAGCCCCGUUAUCACAGUCUCCAUUUGCACUGGAGAACCUCCAACACCACAGUUCAUUGAGGCGACGCCUCUCACCAUUCCCUGAUAAUGAGGCUGGUAAAUCUGAAGGUCUGAGGUCACUGGAGCUCUACAACAAGGCAAGAGAGGCUCUUUGUGCUCAGAUACAGAAUCACAGAGAACAGCUUCUAACACUUUUGAACACAUCUGAAACAAUAACCAAUGUGCUGCACAUUCUCAAUGACAUUGUACCACCCCUGAGUCAAAGGUACCAGGUUGCUUCAUUGGCAGGGAGCAGCAUCAAUGCACAAAAGGCUUUACAAGAUCUGCAUUGUUUACCCAAGGAAGUGGAGAGUACCACAACUGAUCAACUCAUGACCGUUACAUUAGGGUCACAAGAAGGGGCCUUUGAGAAUGUUCGCAUGAACUACAGUGGAGAUCAAGGCCAAGCCAUCCGACAGCUCAUCACCACUCACAUGUUGCGUCGUGUGGCCAUGUGUGUUUUGUCCUCCCCUCAAGGCAAGAGACAACACCUGGCAGUUAGCCAUGAAAAAGGAAAAAUGACAAUUUUACAGUUGAGUGCCCUGCUGAAGCAAGCAGAUUCCAGCAAGAAAAAGUUAACUCUAACUCGCUUGUCAUCAGCUCCAGUCCCAUUCACUGUCCUGUCCAUCACAGGAAACCCCUGCAAUGAAGAUUACUUGGCUGUCUGUGGACUUAAGGAUUGUCAUGUGAUGACAUUCACAAGUUCUGGAGCUGUUGCAGAUCAUUUAGUUCUGCAUCCUUCUCUAGCCACUGGAAACUUCAUUAUCAAGGCUAUUUGGCUGCCAGGUUCCCAAACUGAAUUAGCUAUAGUCACAGCUGAUUUUGUUAAGAUAUAUGAUCUUGGUGUGGAUGCUAUCAGCCCACAGUACUAUUUCCUGCUACCCAGUGGCAAAAUUCGUGAUGUAACCUUCAUCUUUAAUGAUGAGAGUAGAGCCAUGAUCAUGAUGGCUUCAUCUGGCUACAUCUACACCCAGACCUUGGAGGAUUCCAGCUCUGCUAAACAUGGGCCUUUCUACAUCACUAAUGUUAUGGAAGUCAAACAUACUGAUCUCAAGGACAUCAAUGGGCAAGUUGCUGGUGGAGGUGUCUCAGUCUACUAUUCACAUGCUCUUCAGCUUAUUUUCUUUAGCUAUUCCUCAGGCAAAAGUUUUGCUGCCCCAGUGGCCAAAGACUUAUCAACAGUUACAAAUCUUUUCCCAAUCACAUUCAAAUGUUCCAAUGGGGGAAGCAAAGGUGGGAACUCCCAGCCUCUGGUCUCAUGGUCUGAGGUACCGGGUCACACUGGACUUCUGUACUGCAUGGCCCAGACCAGCAACAAUCCCAUAGUUCUCAUGGUCAAGCCAGAUGUCAUUAUGGUGCAGGAGAUCAAGGUUCUCCCAUCUAAAGCUAAGAUUCAAGAUGUUGUAGCCAUUCGACAUCCAGCUUCAAACUCCGACCAGCCAAGUUGUAUUGUGUUUCAGCACCGGACCACAAUGAUACUUCUGUGUGAGGAUGGUAGCUUAAGGAUAUACAUGGCUAAUGUGGAUGCCACCAAUUUCUGGAUGUCUCCCAAUCUGCAGCCUAAAAGUCCCAUUGCUGUACUCAAACCAGUCAAGAAGAAGAAAAUUGUCAAAUCAGGUCGUACAAACAGCAGUAUUUCAUUCCCAGUUGAUUUCUUUGAACACUGCCAGCAUUCCAAUGAUGUGGAGUUUGGUGGAAAUGACAUCUUACAAAUCUACAAUGCUCAACAAGUGAAGAACAGGCUCAACACAAGUGGUCUCUACAUUGCUAGUACCAAGCCCAAUGGUUUUAACAUAGAGAUUACCAACACAAACAACAGUACAGUGCCUGUUGGGGUUAGAAUUUUUGUUGGAUCACAAACUAUUGAAAGAUCCCCAUCUUAUAUUGAAGUUUUCAGAAGACAAAUACCCAUUCAGUUGAAUGGAAGAGCUAGAUGGUUUGACAUUCCAUUUACAAGGGAGGAGUCCUUAACUGCUGACAAAAAGUUUGAUUGCUUUUUUGGCUGCAGCAUGGAUCCAAAUGCUGUCACCAUGGUUGACUCAGUUAAGGUGUAUGUGAAAACAAAAGAGGCUUUUGGGUGGCCUGAAGAGCCAGAGGACUUCCCAGAACCCACGGCCUCCACUGCUCCAAAGUUGGCCAACACUUGCAAUGGCAUAACAAACACAGAGGCAGAAAACACACCUGCAGCUACACUUCCCUUGACUGGAGCAGACAGACUACUUGGUAGUGCGCUAGGAGUUUUGGAUGGAGCUUUCACCAUCAAUGGUUCUGCAGAUAAUACAGCUGACACAUCAAGGGAGAUUGCCUUGAACUUUGCCACAUCUCUGCUGACCUUGACCUGUCCUGACCUGGUACAGCUACACACUAAAUCUCUCCUGGCCUCACUUUUUGCCACUAAGACAAUCUAUCACAAUCAUAAGGACCAAGCCCAGCUGAAACAUGUCAUGUCCUGCCUGUCAUCACCUGACCUGCCAGAUAUUGACGUGGAAGCUUUCCAGCACAUGCUGGUUACAGCUCGCUCUGUUUCUGUCUCCAGACCAGUCAACCUCGUCAAGUUUGCUGAAGCACAAGAUUCAGCCAAUCAGACCUUAGAAGUUACUGAUCUGGAAGAGGAGCAGCCAGCAGCUAAAGUUUGCAUCCCUGCUACUUUGUACUCAUUGACUGAUGCUGAAAAAUCUCACUUCACCUCUAGACUUGUUGAAGCCUUCUGGAGACUCCAUGCUUCAAAACCAGCCAACCCAAUGUUGGCACCAGUGUGUCUACCAGGCUUGACCAAUAUAGAUGUGACUGUCAGCUCUCUGGUGGAAGUGAUCCAUGCUUUUACUCUCUGUGACCCUGAGUGUGUUCAGCUGGCUACCAAACACUAUGUCCGCAUGCUGCUGUCACCAGACCCAAUAGUCAGCUUUUCAUGUCGUCAAGCACUUAUCCGUGUCCUUAGACCCCGCCAUAAGAAAAGACGUGUUUACAUACCAUCUCCUCCACUGCUUACUCCUCAAGAACCAGAGGGAAAUGAAGAUGAUGAAGAAGACAAGAGGGGGCAUGCUGACACCCCACCAGUACCAUUUCACCCUUCUCAACAGGAUGGAGCAGCCACACCACCACCAGAACAAGACCAAGAACCAGAACCUGAUGAACUGUAUGAAGUUGUGGACAAUAACAUGUUACUGGAUGAGGGCAUGGGACAAGCCAAUGGAAUGCAGGGAUUUGAAGCCCUAUGGGGAAUGGAGCCAAACUUCCCUCCAAUGGUGGAGAUCCCUCCUGAUGCUGAUGAUGAGGCUAUGGUGGAGCUAGCCAUAGCCCUCAGUUUACAGGAACAGGGCGGUGGCCAGGUAGGACAACUUCCAAGUGUUUUGUCAGGACAACUGGCCAGUAAUCUUGGCAUCAAUCUAGGACAACCUGGAAAUCUGGCAAUUCAGGGACUUGCUAUAGCCCCUCCUAGCCAGGAAGAUGAUGAUGAGCUUGAGGAACAGCCUCUAUCAGACACCACGGCAUCUGCCCCAGCAAGUGAUGAUGAGAUUGGCAGUACAGCAGCAACUGAUGGGUCAACACUGAGGACCUCACCUGCUGAACAGGGUGGGGGCUCCGGAGCUGGUUCAGAAAGUGGUGGCAGUGCUGUAGACUCCAUUUCUGCCACAAGUGGCCGCAGUAGUUCCUAUGGAUUCCAUGCUACAGAGAGUUUACAAACUGGAGCCAAGAGUGAUGCCAGCAGCUAUGGUGCAGCAAGUGGGUACUUGGCUCCCAAUGUAGAUAACACUCAACCUGAUACAGAUACCACUCAAAGGCUUCACAGUCUCCGUCUCAGAUUUUUAGAGACCCUACUCAACUAUUUCCCUGAAGUUCAAAAAGUCGGAGGUGUGCGAUCAGUUCCUUUCAUGCAAGUUCUUCUCAUGUUAACUACUGACCUUGAAUCUGAUGAAGAUAAAGAUAGAGCAGCUCUUGAUCUUUUCUUAACUACCGUAAUCAAAGAACUUGAUCUUUCUGGAAAGGAUUUUAUAUUCCUGCAGGAUUUACAACAGAUCUCAGUGAGAAACGACCACUUUGAAGUGAAGCUGAUCCUACUCCGUCUUGUCAGUGUUCUACUAUCUAGGUCCAGGUCAGGAUCCAAGUACUCAAGUGAAUCAUCAUUUGUGAGCAACAAGACCGCCUCAGCCCUCCUGCAGUCAGGAACAGUACCCUAUUGUCUACAGGUCCUAACUUACCUGCUACCCUAUUGGAAAAAUUUCAACUCUGAAGAGGAAGAGCCAUCAAAUGUGCCUGGCCAGUUGCUGAAGCCACACCCCUCCAACACCCCACCAGACAUGUCUCCAUUUUUCCUGCGCCAGUAUGUGAAAGGCCAUGCCAGUAACAUUUUCCAGGAUUACCCUCAGCUCCUGACAGAGAUGGUCUUGAGGCUACCUUAUCAGCUCAAAAAAAUAUCAGAUGAACAGAAAAUGUCAACAGCUGUUUUUGACACUAAGUGGCAAGAGCUUUUGUCUGAGUACAUGUUGACUCAACAAACACCAUUUGUGAAACGUCAAGUCAGAAAGCUUCUGUUAUUCAUCUGUGGGUCUAAAGAGAAGUACAGGCUUCUGCGAGAUGACCACACAAUCCAGUCCAACCUGCAACAAAUGACCAACACUUGUAAAAAAGGUGGCAUGGAAGCUGGGUCAGACACAGCCCCACACAGUAUCAUUCUCCCAUAUGAUACACUCUUGACAAUGAUUGAGCACCUAAAAGUUGUAUGUGACAUUGCUUCAUCUAGACCUUACAACUGGCAACUCUACUGUAAACUCAAGCAAGACACACUGCCAUACUUGAUUCAAGCAAGCAUAUCUUUAGAUGAGGGGGUAGCUCCCACUUUACUGCAGCUACUGCAGUGUGCCAUCUGUGGUGUCAAAGGUCAUGGCCAAGCUCAUAGCAGUGGCUCAGGAAGCUCGUCAACUUCACCAGUUAAAGUCAAGUCCAAGAAAGAAAAAGACACUGUGAAAAUUAAAACAGAUGAUGUAGACACUUCAGGAGUGUUUAAAAAAGAAGCAGAAGACAGCCGUCCAUUCGAUGACAGUCUGUGUAGAGAACUAGUCAGACAGCUGAAUGCAACCCUGGACAAAUGGCUGCUCAUCAAGUUUGUGAGGACGUACCUUUUGGAUUCUAACUCCAGCAGCAAUCGCUGGAUGGCUCAUGCUCUUAUCUUACAGAUAUACAGAAACUCAACACAAGAUGAACAGCAAGCUCUACUGGAUUCACUCUGGGACCUGUGGCAUGAGGUUCCUGUCUUUGGAAGGAAAGCUGCACAAUUUGUUGACCUGCUUGGUUACUUCUUGCUGAAGACACCAGGACUUGCAGACAAAAAGGUGUCUGAGUACCUUCACAAAGCUGUCUCACUGCUGAAAGAAGAAAACCAAAUUCUGGCCCACCACCCCAAUGCCACAAUCUACAACAUGUUACAAGGUUUGGUGGACUUUGAUGGCUACUACUUAGAGAGUGACCCUUGCCUGGUGUGUAACAAUCCUGAAGUGCCAUUCCAGACCCUCAAACUCUCAGCUGUGAAAGUGGACUCGAAGUUCACCACCACCACCCAGAUUGUCAAACUUGUUGGAAGUCACAUCAUAUCCAAGAUUUCGCUCAGGAUCAGUGACCUCAAAAGAACUAAAAUGGUACAAACUAUGAACAUCUAUUACAACAACAGAUCAGUACAAGCUGUUGUUGAACUGAGGAAUAGGCCAGGACUUUGGCACAAAGCUAAAAAGGUCAAACUGACCUCUGGCCAGACUGAAGUUAAAGUUGAGUUUCCAAUCCCUAUAAUAGCCUGUAACCUGAUGAUUGAGUAUGCUGAUUUCUAUGACAACCUGCAAGCCACAGCUGAAACCCUGCAGUGUCCUCGUUGUAGCGCCAGUGUACCUGCAUCCCCUGGAGUUUGUGGAAACUGUGGAGAAAAUGUUUAUCAGUGCCACAAGUGCAGAUCCAUCAACUAUGAUGAAAAAGAUCCCUUCUUGUGUAACUCGUGUGGCUUCUGCAAGUAUGCCAAGUUUGAUCUGACUCUUUUAGCCAAACCUUGCUGUGCUGUUGAUCCUAUAGAAAAUGAAGAGGAUAGGAAGAAGGCAAUUUCUAGCAUCAACUCUCUGUUAGAAAAAGCUGAUCGCAUAUACAAGCAGCUUCAGCUCCACCGGCCUGUGCUAGAAAGUUUAUUGAUUCAGGUUGCUGAGCAUGGUUCAGAUAGACCUCCUUCUCUUGGAAAGGAAUCAAAUGGAGCAGCAGCUGCUGUCCCAGUGAGCAGUGUUAACAAAGCCAUUCAGUUGCUGGCUCAGAAGUAUUGUGGGGAGUGUAAAGCUGCAUUUGAUGAACUCAGUAAAAUUAUUCAGAAAGUGAUGGCGUGCAGACGUGAGCUUGUGGAGUAUGACCAGCAACAGAGAGAUGCUGUUGCAACCAAAGGCCAGGUGCCCACUGGAGCUAAACCUAAAACAAUGAUUACAUCAGACAGCAAAGCUUCCAAAACAAUGGUCAAAGAAAAGAAAGAAUGUUUGAAAGUUGGCAGCUGUUUUGGUUGUGCCAGUGCAGCUGUUGAACAUUGCAUUACAUUGCUGAGGGCCCUGGUGACCAACUCUGACAUGAGACAAAUGCUUUGUAACCAGGGGAUGAUCAAGCAGCUGAUCGACUACAACCUGCGUCAUGGAGCACUGUCAGUCAGAACAGAGGUCCGCACCUUGUUGUGUCUGCUUACACGUGACAACCGUAAGGGAACAGAAGAGAUGAACAACUUGGUGAUGACCCGAAUCACAGCAGCCAUUAAAGGCCACCAGUCUAAUCCUGAUCUGGGUUCCUCUGUUAGACAUGAGAUUAUGUUGCUGGCCACUUCCCUGCAUCAGGAUGAUUCCUGCUGGGAGCAGAGAACUCGCUGUGUGAUGAGAUUGUUCCUGAUGGGCAUGCAGAUGAGGAACCCUGUCAUCAUGGAGUCUAUCACCUUACCCUGCCUGAGAAUCUUACAGGGACUAGUCAAGCAGGAUCUUGUUAGUUUUAUAAAUGGAAAGAAAAAGGAGACUGAGAAAACAGCAGCAGAUUCCAUGCCAGCCAAGUUUCACAUGGACGUGAGAAAGUGGCUGGCUGGAGACUCUAGAUACUCAUAUCAAAACUGGAAGAAACGUCUUCCCAAGCCAGCCUCAUUAGCAGAGGCUGUGAGCAUUGAGAAGAAAGCUCAAGAAGUUGAGAAGAAAUCCAACACAAGAGCUGACUACCUGAUGGAGAAGUAUGCUUCUAGGUGGAAACAAAACAUGUGGAAGGUUCCAGCUGUCACACUCAAACUUACCCAGACCACCUGGCUACAGCAAGCCAUGUUUUCACCCAGUUCAAGAUCAGCCAGACAGACUGCUUGUAGUGUCAUUGAGGCUAUAUCACAGGUGUUUAGUAGACGCAAGGAAGUUAUUGACAUGUUGACAAGCUGUCUCAAAGAUGUGGGUAGAAGUGGAGAGUGUGCUAGUGAGUUCCUUGGCCUGUACAAGCGGCUCAUCAGCCAAGACAAGUGGAAAUUUUACCUCGCCAUCAAGGGCGUCAUGCUGCAUUUGGCUGACUUGAUCUCUAUUGAAGUUGAUCAUCUUCAAUACCUAGAAGAGGCAACUCUUAGUUCAGACUUGGCUCAAGGCUUUGCCCUUAAAUCUCUGACAGAGCUACUGGCCUUGUUCAUAGAACAAGAAAAGUUGAAGCAACACUACAAAAACAGGCUUGUGGGAUGUGUUCUCAAUGGUUAUCUUUCCCUGCGCAAGCUUGUUGUCCAGAGAACUAAGCUCAUUGAUGAAACCCAAGAAAAGCUUCUACAGAUGUUAGAGGAGCUCACAACUGGCACUGAGUCAGAAACAAAAGAGUUCAUGUCGGUAUGUGUCCAGACCAUGAAGAAAUAUCCUCUAGAUGACUACAGAUCACCAGUGUUCAUAUUUGAAAGGCUGUGUAGCAUCAUUUACCCUGAAGAAAAUGAUGUCUCAGAGUUUUACCUGAUCCUGGAGAAAGACCCACAGCAAGAAGAUUUCCUACAGGGCAGAAUGUUGGGCAACCCAUAUAGCUCAACAGAGCCAGGCAUGGGACCUUUAAUGAGAGAUAUCAAGAACAAAAUUUGUACAGACUGUGAACUGGUGGCUCUCCUGGAUGAUGACACUGGAAUGGAGCUGCUGGUCAACAAAAAAAUCAUUAGCCUGGACCUUCCAGUAAAGGAAGUGUACAAGAAAAUUUGGCUCCCAGAACGUGGAGAGGGUGAACCAAUGCCAGUUCUGUAUCGCAUGAGAGGAUUGCUGGGAGAUGCAACAGAAGAUAUGAUCAAUUCUCUCGACUCUGGUUCAGAGGAUGACAUAGAUAAAGAGGAUGUUUACAAAAUGGCAACUGUCUUAAAGGAUUGUGGUGGAAUUGAAGUUAUGCUAGAAAGGCUGGACUCUAUCAGAGAUUUGGUGCUGGGCAAACAGCUGAUGGUUGUCUUGCUUAAACUGCUUUCUUAUGCUGUCAAUGUCAAGGUCAACAGGCAGCACUUAACUACCCCAGAACUCAACUCUAUUAACAUUAUGCUUGGUGCUCUCAACUUGGCAUUGUGGUCUGAGCAAGAGGGAGCCACCAGCACUAAAGGUCAGACAAUCACUGAGCAGAUGCUGCACAUUAUGGAAGUUGUGCUGCUUGAGGCCAGUGAACAAUCACCAGAAAAAUAUAGAGAAUUCUCCAAGCAGUGUGGAGACAAAGAACAACUGCUGAUGAUGCUAGAUAGGAUCAACUCAACUUUUGUACGGUCUAACCCAGCAGUGCUACAGGCUCUCAUGAGACUCAUACCAUUUUUGGCUUUUGGUGAGGAUGUCAAAAUGGAGGCUUUGUUGACCCACUUCAAGCCCUAUCUACAGUUUGACAAGUUUGAUGAAGAGCACAGCCAGGAUGAAGAAAUCCACCUAGAUUGUUUCUGUUCUAUUGCCAGUGCUAUUGAGAGCAAUGCUAAUGGAAUCCGUUUGAAGAAUCUAAUUUUAGAACAUGGAAUGGUUCAGACCGCUGUCAACUACAUUCUUAAACAUGCACCAGAAAUUAAAACAAUGUUGGCAACUGACUCUGAUGUGUGGAAAGAGUUUCUGUCAAAGCCUAGCUUGGCCUACAUUCUCAGAAUGUUGACUGGACUAUGUACAAAGCAUGUCCCUACCCAGAACCUGAUAGCAGAGUCUUGUAUACCAAUCCUACACAAACUUGAGCAAGUCUCAUCAGAUCAGCACGUUGGAACUUUGGCUGAGAACCUGUUGGAUUCUCUCAAAACUAAUGAAGAGGCAGCCAAGAAGAUUGAAGAAGUGAGACAACAAACCAGAGCAGAGAAGAAACGUCUGGCCAUGGCUGUGAGGAAGAAACAGCUGGGUGCCCUGGGAAUGACGACAAAUGAAAAAGGUCAGGUGACGGUGAAGUCCUCAGUGUUGAAACAAAUGGAAGAUCUCAAGGAGGAAACAGGGUUGACUUGCUGCAUCUGUAGAGAGGGCUACCGCUACCAGCCACAGAAGGUUCUAGCCAUCUACACCUUCUCUCGUCGCUGUAACAUGGAGGAAUAUGAAAGUAAAACUCGCAAAUCUGUGGGCUACUCCACGGUCACUCACUUCAAUGUCAUCCAUGUUGACUGCCAUACAGCUGCUGUUAGACAUGCAAGAGGAAGAGAAGAGUGGGAAAGUGCAGCCUUACAAAAUGCCAACACAAGAUGUAAUGGCCUGCUCCCACUGUGGGGUCCUCAGGUUCAGGAGAGUGUCUUUGCUGGAUGCUUAGCCAGACACAAUAACUACCUGCAGGAAUGUACUGGCAUCAGAGAGCUGAACUACACCUACAACAUUCAUGACCUGAAGCUGCUACUGCUUCGCUUUGCUCAGGAGAAAUCAUUCAGUGAGGAGAGUGGGGGUGGGGGACCCCAGUCCAACAUGUACCUGGUCCCUUUCAUCAUGCAUAUGGUGCUGUAUGCUAUAAACACAACAAGGACAUCUACCAGAGAGGAGAAAAAUGUCAACAGCUUUCUGGACAUGCCAGCAUCCAAAUGGGUGGAGAACUCAGGGGAGGCUGAUGGUGUGUUGUACACUACAGCACUGGCCAUGCAUGUCCUGACCCCUGCCAAAUGGAAAGAGAUCAGGAAAAAGCUGCUAGAGAGGAUCCUCAUUACUGCACAUGUCAGAGCUGUAUGUCCACUUGAUGCACAGCAAAGCAUACCAGCAUUAAAUGUCCGCACUGCACAAGCCUACUCUUCAUACAAAGUCUUUCUUGUAUACUUUGGUUUGGUCAAUUCUUUCUUUGACAAGCUCUUUGUGAAGGUGAAGCAAGCCGAGAAUGUGAUCUGGACCAAAGCCCUGUUUGAACACAUCCGCCACAAUGACAAGCCCAUCCUGGACCAGUGUGACCAGGUGUUGUCCAUCUACCAGGAGGAGCUCCUGCCCUGCCAGACUUUGGCUGAGUUUAUUGAUGUCAUUGGUUUAUUGGAGGAAAUCAACAAUGCAGAUGAGUUUUUGAAGAAUUGCCUUACAGCUAUCCCGUAAGAAAGACAGACAGAAACUAGAACUAGGAGUGCUGCCAAGAUAGACAUGGGAGAACUUUAUGAUGGAGUUUUUAAAAAGCUUGUUAGAAUAUUUUUAUCUAGAGCUCCAUGUCCUUUAGCACUAAAUGUUGGUGUGCUUUAUUUAUUAGAGGUAAAAUGCUUUCAAAAUUCAAUUUUAAAAAGAAAAUUAAUUAUUGUUGCUGGAUUUAUAUACAAAUGUAGCAUGAAAAAGUUUUUUCCUUUCUUUUUAGACAUUAUGUCUGUUUUAAUUUUUUUUAACACUUUUGACUUUACUCGAGUUUAAUACUUUUCAUGUUUAAGUUGAAUAGGACUUUUCAGAAUUUACUUCAUUUAAAUUUUGAUUGUUUGCAAUUUUAUAGUUAUAAUUAGAUAUAAAAGUAAAAUUCAAGUUUUUAUUUACUCGUUUCAUUAUUGAGAUUACUUUUCUUUAUUAUUAUUUACCAUUAGUAUAAUUUAACAUUUAAUUUUACUGUGUUAAAUGUGUUAGCUAUUUCAUUCAUUUUUAUCAGCAUUCAGCAACCAGUUUUUUAAUUACAGGAAUCCUUAUCUUCUCCAUUAAAUAUACAUGCUUUCACUGGUUUUAAGAAUAUCAAUAAUUCCUGUUUAUUCACUGAAAAUUUCAUUAGCUCACAUUUUAGGCCUACCAUACAAUUUCUUCAAUGUUUGCCUAGCUCAAUCUGUUGAUAAUAAAUAUUGUAACCGAUUAUAUCCCAUUGUUUAGAGGGUUACCCAACUUGCUUAAUGUUUCCUUUUUAUUUGGACUUUGCUUACUGUUCAUAAGUUGUGUAUUUAAAAAUAAAUGGUCAUUCCAUGAA